AUCUCAUUUUAUUUUCCAAAACAUACCCUUACAUUUCCAUCUUUGACUGUUUGACCUUCUGACCCAUCUGUCUAUACUUCGGAAUCCAGUAACCAUAUCAAUUUUCUCAUGCAUUUUCCACCGAAAACAAAGAUUUAUGAAUCCGUUUUCAGAUUAUUGGUAUUAGAUUCAAAAAAGUUAAGAAAAGAUGCCAGCGGUAGCUGCGAUCCAUCCCCAUCUCGGAAGGGGAAUGGUUACCGGAGCUAAGCAUACGAGCGCCUAUGACCUUGUUGAAGAGAUGUGCUAUCUCUAUGUACACGUGAACAUGGCCAAAGACUUGGCCGGAAAAGAUGUCAGCGGUAGUUUUGGUCCUUGCGUGGAGGUAAAGCUUGGAGACUACAAGGGUACAACUCGUCGUCUUGCGAAGAAGUCGAAUCCCGAGUGGAACCAGGUGUUUGCAUUUGGAAGUGACCGGAUUCAGUCCGCGGUGCUUGAAAUAACUGCGAAGAAUACAAAUUGUACGACGGACGAUUUUAUGGGUCGGGUUAUUUUUAAUACUAAGGAGAUUCCUAAACGGGUUCCCCCGGACAGUCCAUCGGCGCCUCAGUGGUAUGGAUUGGAGGAUAGGAAGAGGGAGAAGGUUAGGGGGGAGCUGAUGUUGGCUGUUUGGAUGGGCACACAAGCUGAUGAAGCCUUUCCGGAAGCAUGGGAUUCAGACUGGGAGGGAGUUAGCGGGACUGAUGUUCUUAGUAGUCUUCCGUCGAAGGUGUACUACUCUCCUGAGAUUUGGUAUUUGAGGGUCAAUGUAAUUGAAGCUCAGGACUUGCAGCCGAGUGAUAAGGGUAGGUUCCCAGAAACGUUUGUCGAGGCUAUUCUGGGAAAUCAGGUAUUAAGAACCAGAAAUUCUCAAAGCGGGACUACGAAUCCUGUCUGGAAUGAGGAUUUAAUGUUUGUAGCAGCGAAGCCAUUUGAGGAGCCCUUAAUUCUGAGAGUCGAAGAGAGACUUUCCCCGAGCAAGGGUGAACUUUUGGGGAGGUACGAAAUUCCCCUGCAGGAUGUUGAUAUGAGGUUCGAUCAUAAACCUGUCAACGCUAGGUGGUAUGAUCUCGAAAAGCAUGUCAUUGUAGAAGGGGAGCAGAAGAAGGAAAUCAAAGUUCCCGGCAAGAUUCAUAUGAGGAUCUGCUUGGAAGGUGGUUAUCACGUCCUGGACGAAUCAACGCACCAUAUCAGUGACCUUCGUCCGACGGCAAAAGAGUUGUGGAAGUCCAGCAUUGGGGUACUGGAACUCGGAAUUCUAAAUGCUCAGGGGCUGAUGCCGAUGAAGACAAAAGAUGGUCGUGGAACAACAGAUGCCUAUUGUGUGGCAAAGUAUGGUCACAAGUGGGUCAGGACAAGGACGAUUAUUGACAGUUUGAGACCCAAGUGGAAUGAGCAAUAUGCCUGGGAGGUAUUUGAUCCUUGUACAGUCGUAACAAUUGGGGUGUUUGAUAACUGUCAUUUGCACGGAGGAGAUGGUAAGUAUGGAAGGGCAAGGGAUUCAAGAAUUGGGAAGGUAAGGAUACGCAUUUCGACCCUUGAAACCGGUCGGGUUUAUAAACACGAGUAUCCCCUAAUGGUAUUACACUCCAGUGGACUGAAGAAGAUGGGUGAAAUUCAUUUGGCCGUGAAGUUCAGUUGCUCCUCUUUGCUUAGGAUGAUGCAUAUGUACUCGCAACGUCUUUUACCUAAAAUGCACUAUGUUCAUCCAAUCUCUCCUACACAGCUUGAUUCCCUCAGAUCUCGCGCAAUUCAAGUUAUAUUCAUGAGGUUGAGCGUGGAUGAGCCACCGCUACAGAAAGAGGUGUUGGAGUACAUGUUGGAUCAGGGCUCCCAGAUGUGGAGCUUGAGAAGGAUCAAUGCAAAUUUUUCUAGGAUUAGGGGUAUUUUGCAUGAGUUAUUUGCUUUUAUCAAAUGGUUUGAUCAGAUUUGCAACUGGGAAAAACCCGUCACAACUGUAUUUGUCCAUGUCCUUUUUAUAAUCCUGGUCAUGUACCCGGAGAUCAUCUUACCCGCAUUUCUCCUAUACCUUUUCUUCAUCAUGCUUCGGUACCGCAUAGGGAGGCCAGGACAUCCUUCUGAACUGGGCAAUCACAUUUUACAUGAGGAUCCCGACAUCUUAGAUGAAGAAUUUGAUGCAUUCCCAACUUCACGGCCUUCGGGCAUUGUAAGGAUGCGGUAUGAUCGGUUGAGAAUUACUGCUGGGGAGCUUCAGAAUACGCUUGGUGACUUGGCUAUUCAUGGGGAGAGGCUACAAGCGUUGCUGAACUGGCACGAUCCAAGAGCAACAUCUCUGUUUGCUAUUUUCUGUCUGUCUGCUGCCAUUAUUCUUCAUAUCACACCAUUCCGAGUUGUGGCUCUUCUCGCAGGAUUUUAUAUGUUGAGGCAUCCAAUGUUUCGUGACAAGCUUCCUUCCUUUUCAGUACUUUUGAAUUUCUUCGGGAGGUUGCCGUCAAAAACAUUAUGCUUGUUGUGAGCAAGUUAAGCUAGUUUUAUCUGCAAAUGGUUUUGAGUUACUUCCUUCGUGUUACGUUAGCGGAGAAGAUGCGGAAAUAAAUUAUGGAGAUUGUUGUCUGCUUUCAAUGUUUGGCGGCUGAUGUUGGGUUCUGUGUGUAUUGUGUAACCAACCCUCUUUUGGGCAAUUUCGGCUCAAUGAUGCCGUUUUACAGUAUUUCUGUUUGAAGCCUGAAUUUAUGGUAAUGGGUCUCUGUUCCACUAUAAUUGUGUGUAAGGUUUAUUAGGAUAUCUCUAUGCGCCAUUAGAUUUUGCGUUGGAGUUGCUUCUUUUUCUUCAAAAUCGAUGGAAAAGCAUAUAAUGUUUUGAGAUGUAUCUGUCCUCAAUCUUAGUAUUUGCUCUUGAUAGUUGA